AUGCUUCAAAGAUUAUUCAGAGCUUAUACUUCAAUUCCUGGCUCCAAAGUUCGAAUAAUUGACAAUUUCUAUGAGCACUAUGACACCAUCAACAAAGAGCAGCCUUCUUUAGCACUGUUCUACUUUAAAAACAACUGGAAUCCAGAGUGCUCAAAAGAUUUGCAAUCCCAAUUCCUUAAUCUCACUGAAAUUCCACCAUUUUCAACCUAUAUUUGCGAUACAUCAACAGGAGUUGGGGAAAGAACCAAAAAAUAUUACUGUGUACGUCACGAGCCAACUUUCCUCUUCUUGUCUGAUGGAAUGGAGCUUCAAAGGGUAAUUGGAAGCGACGUUGAAGAGCUUAAGAAGCAAAUUGGACGAGUCCUUAAGUUCAGGGCUUCUGUGAAUUGGGGCGAACUCAGUUUGUACCCUACCAGUGGCUUAUGGGAAAAAUAUCACGAUGAGUAUAUGGAAGAAUGGCAUGAGUGGACUCGAGAACAAUCAGAAUGGGGUGAAGGAACAAUUGCUUUUAACAGAAACUAA